AUGGCCUCCACAUCGUACGUGAACAAUCCCAACGGGAACUGCCGCCUGUGCCAGGACAAGGACAGUGCGGACGAAUGGAUGGUGGAAUGCAUGAAAUGUUGGAAUUGGUUCCACAUGGCAUGCGCCAAACUAGAAAAAAAGCCUACGGUAAAGGAAUCUUGGCACUGUCCAAGGUGUAAGGAAGAAAUAAAGGAAAUCCAGCUUCUGAAGAAGGAGCUGGAAGAAUAUAAACGGACAACCACGAGAAGUAUGUCCAAAGAACGCAGCCCAGUUGAUACGGUUGAACUGCUACGGCGUCAAUUUGAGCCGCAGCUGGAAAGCCAAAAGAUACGUGACGAGGCUUUCCAAAAAGCCAUGCUUGAAAUGGCAAACAUAAUUCAUCAAAUUAAGAAUGAUCCUGAAAUUGUUAGCACUUCCACGGCUUCCAAAAUAAAACUACCAGAUGAAAUUACAAAUCUACUAAGAAGACAAACAGCAAAGCAGCUUCCACAAUUUAACGGUAAUUAUAAGGAUUGGCCAAAUUUUAAACGACUCUAUGAACAAAGUAAACGAGAAGGACAAUUCAGUAAUACGGAUAACAUCAAUAGACUUAUGGCGAGUCUCGAUAAAUCUGUUAAAGUACACAUUAAUGCAUUGUUAAUGGACCCGGGAAACGAGAAACAAGUUAUCGAAACAUUGGACAGUAUAUAUGGACAGCCACUAGCGAUAUUCAACGAACUGUGGAAGGAUCUGACAAAAUUACGGAACCCACGUAUGGAAAACCCUCAAACAAUGGUAGACUUUGUAGUCACACUCGGCAAUUUAGUUUCAAAUAUGUCGAUAAUACAGUGUGAAGAUUAUCUUGCUAAUCCAUUACAAAUAGCAGAAAUCAUAUGUCGUCUGCCGCUCAACCUAAGAGAGCAAUGGGCGGACAAGGAAGUUGAAACCAUGACUCCUGCGAACGGGGAGCCAAGACGAAAACUAACGCUGAAGGAUGUACACGAAUUUCUUAAACCACAACAAAAGAGAGCGACACUCCUUGUCGCACAAAGGGUUUGUCUAUCAGAUAAGGAAUAUCCAAAAAACGAAAAAUCAAGGAUAAAUCUACAUACUGAAGGUAAAAGCAAACAUCCAGUAAAAUGCCUCUGUUGUAAUCAACAACAUUGGCUAACAUCAUGUCAGGAAUUCAGAAACAUGAAUACAGAAAAGAGACGCGCAUUAGCUCUUGAGAAACGCAUAUGUUUCAAUUGUUUACGACUAGGACACUCAUCCAAAAAUUGUGAGACUAAGCCAAACUGUAGAACACAAGGAUGCAUGGCACGCCAUCAUACAUUCCUCCAUUUACGUACAAGAAAUAGCGACGAGAGCACAACCUCCCAGAAAAAUGACACCAAAAUAAAAACUAAAAAUGAAUCGUUUAAUAACUCCAAAGAUCCUAAGAAAACCAUUGAAAAGAAGGACGUUGAGGAAACAAGUGCAGCAUCCACCUCAUCAGAUACUUCCAAUAAACAAGAUAAAGAAACCACACGCACGAAUAUACAUACCGUCAGGAAAAACAAGGUGUAUUACCAAAUCCUUCCUGUAACUAUUCACGCACAAGGCAAACAGUUAGAUACAUUCGCUUUCCUGGAUCAUGGAUCUUCGAACAGUCUCAUUCUGGAUAAGGUUGCUAAUGAGUUAGGUCUAGAAGGACCAAUAUCCUCCUUGAGUAUUAAAUGGACCAAUGACUCAAUACAUGAGGACAACCAAAGUCGAAGUGUUUGUUUCAAAAUAUCCGGUACCAACAAAAAUCGGUAUCAAAUGGAGAGUGUACGUACAGUAAGCAAAUUAUCACUACCACGCCAAACACUCGAGUAUAAUGAAAUUAAAGAAAAAUACACACACCUCAAAAAUAUUCCGAUACAAGGGUAUGUCAAUGCCGAACCAACGUUAUUAAUUGGACUUGAUCAUCUACGACUGCUAACGGCAACGAAACAACGUAUAAAUGAAAUCGGACCAGUCGCGGCCAAGACACCCAUCGGCUGGGUAAUAUACGGCAGGACAAACUCUAGACAUCAACAGGACACAUAUUCAUGCGUUAUUGAGGAACAAGAUGCUCUCCGUGAGGAAAUACAGAAAUAUUUUUCAACCGAAGAAUUCGGUGUCAAAGUCACUCAUCACAAUCACAUAAGUACCGAAGACAAGUUGGCCAACCAAAUUAUCCAGCAAACAAUGAAAUAUAAUGGUUAUCAAUAUGAGAUCGGACUGCUUUGGAAGCAAACAAGGACUAUUAUGCCAAAAACAGAAAGCUUUAAAGCAGCAUUAAAAAGACUAGAAUACACUGAAGCAAAGAUGCGAAAAGAUCCUGAAUUUUCUGAAUGGUAUAAGGAAAAGAUUCAGGAGUACGUUAAGAAAGGCUACGCUCGAAUGCUCACGCCAGAGGAAAUUACUCGAAGUAGCGAGAAAACGUAUUAUUUACCCCACUUCGCGGUCGUGAAUCCAAAUAAAACUCCACUCAAACCACGUCUCGUCUUUGAUGCCGCUGCAAAGGUACAGGGAGUAUCACUAAAUUGCUGUCGAACGUCGUAA